AUGGCUCAGCCUAAUUCGAAGCAAUCAGUAAGUCAGAAUUUUAACCUCGGGGGUUCUCAUUUGAGAUCUUCAUCACAACCCACAUUUUAUGGUUCCAAUUGUUUGCCCCCUUUAAGCCCCUUGCCUCCUAAUGAGUCGUCAUUGGUUUCAUCAAGCACUAAUCUCAAGGACACAUUAGUGGAGGAAAUUGAUGUCAGUUUGCGAGGGUCGGUACUUGUGCCUUCUUUUCCACGGGAAAGUGUAUUUCGAGGCAAUGAUAGUCUGCCCCCUCGCAAAGGGCAUUGCCGCUCUAAAAGCGAUGUUCCAUUAGGAUUCUCUGCAAUGAUCCAUUCUUCGCCUCAGUUACUGCCCAUAAGUGGCCAGGGAGUAAUGGGGAAAACAUCUGUCAAGAGUGAGACUUUAGGAAAUGAUAAGCCUGUUAUGAUGAAGAGAUGCGACACAGAUUCAGUUAGUGAUGGGAGGAACACUGCUGAGGGGACAGGUGAGAGGAAAUCAGAGGGAGAGGUUAUAGACGAGCUGUUUAAUUCGUUGACGAAUAUGAACCGUGUACAUGGAGUUAACCCUUCUUUCAUGGAAAAUAAAGAUAAGGACAACAUCGUUAGUGGUACAGUGAAUAAUGGUAGUAACAAUGGCAAUAUUGAAUCAAAAAGAGUCUCGAGGCACGAGACAAAUACUAGGGAAGGAGUCAAAAGGAGUGCUCCUGGAGAUAUUGCUCCCCCAGCCCGACACUACAGGAGUCUAUCGAUGGAUAGUGCUAUUGGAAAUUUCCAAUUAGGUGAAGAGUCGCCAAAGUUACCAACCUCUCUAGGUAAUUGGGGGGGUCAGCUUUCACCGAGCAAUUCAGUGAGUCAAAACACAGCUAAGCUCAACUUGGACUUUGGAAGUGGUGAAUUUAGUGAAAUUGAGCUGAAAAAGAUCACGGCAGAUGAGAGACUUGCAGAAAUUGCAUCAUCAGACCCAAAACGUGCAAAGAGGAUUUUGGCCAAUCGCCAGUCAGCUGCUCGUUCCAAGGAGCGGAAGACGCGUUACAUCUCGGAAUUGGAACACAAGGUGCAAACUCUUCAAAUGGAGGCAACCAUGCUGUCAUCCCAACUUACUGUUCUACAGAAAGACCAUACUGAGCUAACAGUUCAGAACAAUGAAUUGAAAUUCCGCCUUCAAUCUCAGCAGCAACAAGCCCAACUUAGAGAUGCACUGCACGACAAAUUAACUGCAGAAGUCCAGCGUCUAAAGCUUGCAAACAUGGAGCUCAGGGAUGAGGGAAAAUCGUCCAAUUGCACAAGCCAGCAGGGACAGAUGAAGCACCACAUCUUUCAAAUGCAGCGCCAGCAGCCCAAUCAAAUCCAAUGA